AUGGCGGGUUCAUCCACAGGCAAAGGCCCGGCCUCAGGAAACAGCUGUGGUCAAGCCCGGGGAUCUCUGCGUGAGGCCUACGACGGAAGUGCCCCGCAACUAAACCCGGAAGCUCUUCGGAGGCGCCACUGCCUGGCGGUGGCGCAGGGCUCGGCCUGCAAGCACAGGCCUCCUGCGCCGCUUGCUCGGCCGCCAAGACAACAAAGUGCGGAGACUUUGGUCUACAACUGGAAGAGGCCCUUGUCAUCACAGAACGUACUUACAGAUUUUCAAGGAGCCGGCAAGCAAGAAGACAUGAGCCAGCAACUGAGAAAAAGGGCCAAGAAUGGUGGCCAGAAGAGCUCUGGAGGGAGAGCCCUCCGGAGCACUAAAGCGAAGCAAGCCAAGCCAAGCCAAACGCAGCAGGCCAAAGUGGAGGCCCUCGAGCCGACGUGGCCCUUCCGUGAUGAGGACGCGUGCUUUGCGGGUGACCUUCCAGGUGCGGGAGAGGAUGGCUUCCCUGACUGCUACAUAGAAUGUGUCAUCCGAGGUGAGUUUCCUCAGCCGCUCCUGGAGGAUGACUCACUUUUUAAGUCUUUUGAGGGAACCGAACAAGAUCUUUCCCAGCAAGUUCUUGAAGCAAGCUCUUUUCUUGAACGUUCUUUGGAAUACAUGAAAAAGGAGGAAAAACAGCAACUUCCUCAACAGGAGGUUGGAAAAAAUUCACGUCCCGGGUAUUCUGAGUACCUGACAGGCAAGAAGCUUCCUCCUGGAGGAAUGCCUGGCCUUGACUUAACGGAUCCCAAACAGCUGGCAGAGUUUGCUAAGAAGUCGAAAGCAAAUGAGUGUAAUGAAGAGACAUUCGCUUGUCCUGAGAGUGGAUGUACCAAAAAGCUGAGGGAUAAAACUGCCCUGAAAAAGCAUCUGCUCGUUCACGGCCCCCGAGACCAUGUCUGUGCUGAAUGCGGGAAGGGCUUCUGCGAGAAGUCAAAGCUGAAACGCCACUUUCUGGUUCACACCGGGGAGAAGCCCUUCCAGUGCACCUUUGACGGAUGCGGAAAGCGCUUUUCCCUGGACUUCAAUCUGCGCACACAUGUACGCAUUCACACUGGAGAAAAACCUUUUACGUGUCCCUUUGACGGUUGUAACAAGAGAUUUAUUCAGUCAAAUAACCUGAAAGCUCACAUCAUAACUCAUGCAAAGGCGAAUUAG